AUGGGCAGCUACGGACGAUCUCCCCCUCGAAUAGAGGGGAUGGUUUCAUUGAAAGUUGACAACUUAGCAUACCGAACAACUCUUGAAGAUCUUCGGAGAGUGUUUGGUAGAUACGGCGAAGUCGGUGACAUUUAUAUUCCGCGCAAUCCUUACUCGCAGGAGAGUCGCGGAUUCGCCUUCGUAAGAUUCUAUACCGACCGCGAUGCAGAUGCCGCUAUUCGAGGCAUGGACGGUAGACGCAUCGACGGAAGAGAAAUACGAGUUCAACGAGCUAUGUACGGACGUCCGAAUUCUCGCGUUCACCAUCUCCUAGACGUAGACGUUCAAGGUCUUAUUCCCCACGCCGGCGUUCUUCCCCGCGUGAUCGCCACGAUGAUAAAUACUCAAACGGAGACAAGCGUCGGAACAGCCGCUCACGUUCUCGCUCUAGAGAUCGUUGCGAACACUUAA